AUGCAGUUCAAGAGCCUCGCCGUUAUCCUUGGCGCCGCCCUCAUGGUGGCGUCGCCCGUCUUUGCCGCCCCCGCCACGCGCACCUGUGGUAACACCGAGGUUGCCCCCGCUGAUGUGGAGCAGGCUCUCUCUGCCCGCGUCGCUGCCGCCCGCUCGGCCCGCACCUCCGGGAGUACUAGCGACCUCGCCUUCACUUCCGCCAGCAUCCCCGUCUACUACCACGUGAUCACCGACGGCACCAACGGCCGCCUCACCUCGAGCCAGAUCAACUCUCAGAUCUCGGUUCUCAACCAGGGCUACUCGGGCACUGGUGUGUCGUUCUACCUCGCCGGUACCGAGACCACCGUCAACUCGAACUGGUUCAACAACGUUAACCAGGGCACCUCUGCCGAGGCUGCCAUGAAGAACACCCUCCGCAAGGGCGGUGCCAACGCGCUCAACGUCUACACCGUCAACUUCACCGGCGGUCUUCUCGGUUACGCCACUUUCCCCUGGAGCUACGCUUCGGCUCCCAAGAACGACGGUAUCGUUCUCCAGUGGACUUCCUACCCCGGAGGUCCGAUCUCAAACUACAACCAGGGCAAGACUCUCGUCCAUGAGGUCGGACACUGGGUUGGUCUUUACCACACCUUCCAGGGCGGUUGCUCCAGCCCCGGUGACUACGUCGACGACACCCCCGCUCAGGGCCAGCCCACCCAGGGCUGCCCUACUACUGCCCCCGACACAUGCUCGGGCGGCGGUGCUGACGACAUCAAGAACUACAUGAACUACAGCUACGACGUCUGCCUCACCCGCUUCACCGCCGCCUCAGUGUUUGAAGUGAUCAACGACUUUGCUUCAGGAUGCGAGCCGCUCGUACGAGCUCCUCCUCCGGUCUGUGGAAUCGACGCGCCACCGGGGUCUGCAGCUGCAGCGCUGUCGAUUUCCGCCGCGCCAAAAUUCCAAAUCCCGCACACUGACGUCCUGCCUGCCCGGGCAAACGCCGCGGAAUUGCCCGACGCCACUUCCCGCACUUUCCGCACUUUCGGCACACCGCAGCUCCUCACGCGCGGAAGCUCGCAAUCAGCUCCAACACCCCGCGAGCACAUGCGGUCCGCUCCUCCGCAGCAAGACUCUCCGCGUUGA